AUGUCCAUCCAAUCAAGAAAAAGGGCGUCUUCCUCAUCAAAUGUUCCGCAUGGAGGAGAUCAUGAAGGGGGAGACAAACGGCCGAAAGGGAAUGCCUACGAAGUGUUCUUGAGCUUUAGAGGGAUAGACACACGCAAAAAUUUCACCGACUAUCUCUAUACUAGUCUUAACGAUGCAGGAAUUCAUGUGUUCAGAGACGACAAUGAGCUCCGAGUUGGUGAGGAGAUUGGUCUAGAGCUUCUCUGCGGCAUUACGCAGUCCACAAUCUCUAUCCCAAUUAUUUCCAAGAACUACGUUUCCAGCAAAUGGUGCCUUCAUGAGUUGGUUCAGAUGUUAAAGUGCAAGAGGAGUAAAGGGCAAAUAGUGUUGCCCAUAUUUUACAAAGUGGAACCCUCACAAGUGCAACAUCCUACAGGGAGAUUGAGAAAAGCUAUCAAUGCACAUAAAAAGAAUAUGGAGGAAACGGUUGUGAAGGAAUGGGAAGAAGCACUCAAAGAAGUUAGCACCUUGAAAGGAUGGGAAUCGGAGAAAAUUCAUAAUGGGUACCUUAUUCUCCUACAAAACAUUGUUUAAUUAUUCAUAAAUAGACCUUUUUUCAAAAAGAAUACACAUAUUGCUAUCCUAUACUGAUAUUCAUUGUUAUUUGACAGGCAUGAAGGAGCAUUGGUCAAAAUUGUUGUCACAAAAGUUCUAAGCGAGUUAAAAGGAACAUUUCAACUAAUUGUUCCCCAACAGUUGGUUGGGAUUGAUGAUCGUAUCAAACAUAUUAUGAGCUUGAUAGAUGCUAAAUCCAAUGGUACACGGAUUAUCGGAAUUUAUGGAAUGGGUGGCAUCGGUAAAACGACUCUUGCGAAGGUAUUAUACAACAAGUUCUUGGAUCAGUUUAAGCAUCAUAGCUUUGUGGCAGAUUGUCGAGAAGCAUACCGGCGUGAGGGUAUUGAAUGCCUACAAAGGCAGCUCAUAUCUAGCGUAGGAAGUCCAUGUGAUGUGUCUAAUGUGGACAAGGGGAUCCAUCUAAUCAGAUCUCGAUUUGCACAUAAGAAAGCACUCAUUUUUCUUGAUGAUGUAGAUGAUAGUGCUCACUUGGAAUAUUUGGUCGACCGUAAUUGGUUUAAUGUAGGAAGUAUAAUCAUCAUAACAACUAGAAACAAGGAUGUUCUUGACCAAGCUAGUGCAGAUCACAAGUACCAACUCAACGGGUUGUCUUUUGAUCAAUCAUUGAUUUUAUUCAGUAGACAUGCAUUUCAAAAGGAUUCUCCUCCAAGUGAUUAUAAAGAUAUCUCUCGUGAUGUCAUAUCUACUACUGGGGGGCUUCCAUUAGCUCUAGAAGUUAUAGGUUCAUUCUUAUGUAGAAAGAGAGAAAACGUAUGGAAAGAUACGUUGAAAAAAUUA